GUCAUUUUACUACAGCGGCCAUUUUUACACAAUCUGAUGGUGACGACCAAUUUAUCCAUGCAUAAAAUCAGAAUUCCUCCGUAAUUCAAGGGGCUAUUGAUGUUCUGGUCAUUGCAAAGAUGGCGAGCUACAUACAGGCGCAGAGACAACAUAAACAGCAACACAUGGCAAACAUGGAGCCACAUAGAAAACAGAAACUUAAAGAAUUCCAUAAAAAAUCUCAGCAAUUGCUUACAGAGCAUGAAAGAGACUACCUUUAUCAUGUUUUAAAAGAGUAUCAAACAAAUAAACACAUUGAUAGAUUUAUACAAAAGCUUCAAACAGUGCUCGAUACUCCACUUAAACUGAAUUUAUUAAAAGAAAUCCGACAUCUUGUGCCAUCUUCCCAAAAGCAGGCAUUUGAUAGGCUUGCCCCCUACCAUAAAAUGAGCCCACCAAUGACACUACCAAACAACUCAAAGGGGAAGAAGUCAAAGAGCACUGGCCAACUUGGGCAACAAAGAAACAUAGCACCCCCCAGCAUCAGAGUGGAAUCACCUGACAGCUGUAUUAGAAUGCUGACUGUGAGCAAACAUGAAGACCAGUCCUUAGGUCUAUCCAUACGUGGGGGGUCAGAGCAUGGUAUAGGCAUAUAUGUCAGCGAGGUGGAUGAAGGAUCAGUAGCAGAUGAGUGUGGGUUACAAGUUGGUGAUCAGAUCCUUGAAGUGAACAGUAUCAACUUUGAGAGGCUCGGCUCUAGCAGCGCAAUCAAAGUCCUUACCAGCACCAACAGGCUAAAGAUGGUUAUCAAGAGAACUGGACACAUUCCUGGUUUCAAGUUUGCCAAAGAAAAAGUGUCUUGGUAUGACACAGCCCAGAAGAAAAUAGUUGAGGGUGACUUUGAAGAGCAUGGUAUCAUUCAUUCCCCAGCCUCCAAGUUUCUACAUGGCUAUGAUGAGAAGCAUGUCAACUUGACUGUGACAGGAGGGACCUCAUUCCUUGGCUUCAAUGUUAGAGGGGGAAGUGAAUAUGGAGUUGGCCUAUAUGUUUCCAGAAUUGACAAAGGGGGUCUUGCAGAGCAGAAAGGACUGAAGCUUGGUGACCAGAUCAUUGAAGUUAAUGGGGAGAACUUUGAGAAUGUAACACAUGCAAAUGCUGUGGAGUUCUUCAAAUCCCAGUCACACCUGUUUAUGACUGUUUGGGCUGUCCAUAGGUAUCCAGCCUUCAAAGAGAUCUAUGCAGAGUAUAGCUGGAAAGAGGGAGAGAAUAGAUCACGCAGGCCUAGGACAGCCCCUGUUACCAGUACUCACAACAACUCCUGUGUGACAGAAGGCACACUAACUGAGUUCCCCAUGGAGUCCAAGGUGGAGACAUUCACGCAGACUGCAAGCAACACUAUGGUCAGCAAUGAACAUGAUGAGUCUUUCAGUGUUGGGCUCCAAACUGCAAAUAUCCUUGUUACCCCAGAGAGGCCCAAUAUGAUUCUUCCCCAACGUAGUGAUGUGGUAAUGGUUGAGCGCAGGCCAGAUGUGACACCCCCUGAGAGUCCUCCUAGCACAGUUAAGGUGACUAAGAAGGACCAGGAGAAGAUGGUCCUCACAAUAUAUCCUAAAGAGUCACAGACUGUUGACAGAGUGCAGAGUUUACAUGGACCUAAAGAUAUUGACCCAAGGAAUCUGAAUAAGACUAAUAAGAAAGUGAAGGACAGUGAUGGGAAGCGCUCCUGGACAUUCAAAAAUAUAUUUGGAAGUAAAUCAAAAGGUGAAGUUAAACUGAAGACUAAAUCUCGUCCUAAACUUGAUAUGAAAGAUAUAUCUGGACCUGUUGCAAUGAACAACAAUGAGGAAGAUAAAAUAAAAGUUUCAGCCAACAAUGUAGUGUCAACCUCAAAUCCACCAAGCGCAGUGACAAAUGAGGCCAGCAGUCAUAAGUUCAGCACAGGGAUGGGGUCCCAGUUGAUGUACACAGAAGCCUCUAAAGUGGCCACUCUAACCAGGAUAGAAGAGGAGGCCAAGAAAGUUUUAAAUGAGGAUGAGGUUGCUGCAAUAUUAAGACACUUGAAAUGGUAUGGAAGCAAAGGAGAUGUUGAAGGGUUGGUGAGGCCUCUUAUAGCAAUCCUAGACAAGCCAGAGAAAGCUCUUCUCUUUAGAGAAAUCAGAGGCUUGGUUUUGCCCACAGAUAUUGGCAGGUUUGACAGCCUUGUGUCUCGUAUAGAGCUUGAAGCCUACUCUGAGCUAGCCACUCAUGUACACAAAGCCUCUCCUGUUAUUGGCAAGAAACUACCACAGAAGCAAUCUGGAGUGCCUCCUAAGAAGAAGAUAAUUCAUCCAGAACCAGGAUUUAGUGGAGCCUUCCACCUUCGUACUGAAGAGCAGUAUAAGACUGACCAACAAACAAGAGAGAAAAUUGAAAAUCAGGAGAAACAACACAAAAAGAGUGAGUUAAAACAACGUCGAUCUUCAAAACGAACAAGUGUAACUGAGGCAUAUGAGAUGAUUGACUUUAAUGGUGCUGUUAAAACUGACGAGGGCGAAGUUUUUGAAACUUCUCAAAAUUCUGAGUCUUCUCUACAAAACUCAGGAACAUUCUCAGUACAUGAAAUGUCAGAUUUUGGAUAUGCUGCUAUACCAUCCACUAGUACACAAGGCGAGAAGUCAAAAUCAAAACCAAACAAUAAUGGUGUAAAUAGUAGCAAUGAUGAGUUAUCACCUGAUGAAAUUAGUGCUUUGUAUGCAGUUGUAGACAAAACAGCAAAGUAUGAGCAGAAACAUUCAAAAGAUAGUGAACAAAAAAAUUCACAUACAGAUAUAGAUCCUGACUAUGAAGCAAUUGACUUUAUCCCUCCACCUGCGACAUUCCGUAUUAUAACACCAGAUGGGACUGAGAGUCAGCAUAGUUCUUCAGAGGCUACACAUACCACCCACAGCUCAACUCCAAGAUCUGGUGACCAAGGUGCUAGGAGAAAACUUGAACUGGUUAACACUCCAGGUGCAAUAUCAUCAGUGCAUAAUACAGAGAGUUCAUUAAAGGCUACACCCAGAUGCAACAAUAUUAUAGAACAUGAAAAUGUUGGAGCACUGAAAUCUGCACCAAGACAAAAUGACACUAUUGAAUAUGACACAAUUGAAGCCACAUCCAACAUGGAGGUCAUCUUAGCUAAACAAUCUUCCAGGCCAAAUAUCAUACAAGAUAGCACCACCCCUAAACUUAUUAAUAUCACCCAUAAUGUAAACAAUGAUACUAGAGUGUCACCAGGUGAAUCUUUGGACAGUACUAAAGAACAAGCUGGAGCAUCUGUAAGCAGCCACAAUUUAUCCGGACAAAGUUCAUCCAAACAUUCCAAUAAAUCAUACCAGUCCAGCAAUCAUUCCUCAGAAUUACGUGGCCCAGUUGUCCAUUCUUCAAAUUCAUCAGAAAUGCAUGGGUCAUCUCCCCAGCCGUCCAAUUUAUCUGGAGAGAGAUCUUCUCGUGGUUCUCAACCCUCCAUAUUGGGUUUGAACUUCCUGGGCUCGCCUGAAGACAAUAACAAGGUUCCUAGUUCAAGCGCUUCACAGAUUUCAAAUAGAUCAGCAACUUCUGAUGGACACUCUCAAAGUUCUAACCAAUCAAAUAUCUCAAGACAUUCAGAAAUCUCAAAACACUCAGGAACCUCAAAACACUCAGAAAUCUCAAGGCAUUCUGGAGUCUCAAAACACUCAGAAAUCUCAAGGCAUUCUGGAGUCUCAAAACACUCAGAAAUCUUAAGGCAUUCUGGAGUCUCAAAACACUCAGAAAUCUCAAGGCAUUCUGGAGUCUCAAAACACUCAGAAAUCUCAAGGCAGUCGAGAGUCUCAAAAAUGUCUGAAGACUCACAUCACUCAAAGGUGUCCAAAAAUUCCCAGCAUUCAACCAACACAUUGCAAUCUACGGCUUCCAACCCAAUAAAGCUAAUAUCUAAGAAGGAACAUGUUGACCAUCCAAGUCCAGCAUUUGCCUCCAAUGUAGAUGCUUACAAACAGCACAUGGCCGAUUUAAUGAAGAACAAAUCUCAGAACUCUACCCCUGUAAACUCCAGACCUUCCACCGUCAUGUCUGAUAGCUCAGACAGUGAUCUAGAUGACUAUACAUUGACUAUAAAUGAAGAGGCAAUAGUUCAUAAAGAUGCUGACACUGAAUCCCGUCAGAGUUAUAUUCCUUCCCCAACCUCGUCUGUGGCCUCUAGUAGCGUACAAAGCUAUAACCUUGACCGUGAGUUUGAAUUAUCUCGUGGGUCUACUGUAAUUGGAGCUCGAGGUAAAUAUGGUGCCUCACCCCCUUCUGAACAUUCCAGUUUAUACAGUUAUACUGUAAAUGCAACUCCUCUCUCAUCUAAGCCACCAACUCCUCCUGAAGCUGUUGUCAGACUCAGCUAUGAACCCAUUGGGAAUACUCAGUUAUCUGAAAUCUCAGAAGCCAGCCCUAAUCUUGAUGCCAGUGGCAGUCUAGUAUCAGAUCUUGAUCUCCUCAAUAGUGUAACUUUAGACCUGGAGAAUCUUGGCACUGAGGCAUCUGAUGAGAGCCAUCAGAGUCUCCCACCUCCCCCUGAUCUUGAGUUCCUAAACAAUCAUAUUUACCCCUCCAAUGUAUCUACUAGCCAUACUGGUGGAUCUGUUAGAGACGAUGUGUCUUCUAUUGGGGUGGAUAAUGCUACCAUUACAGCAGAUGUUGAUAUGGCAUCGCUAUUGGACGGUCUAUUGCAGUCCCCUAAACACAAUGGGGAAAACAGUAACAUGUCAUUCAAUCUGAUCAAUCAUUCUGAAACCCAACAAGAAGAAACUGACAACAGAUAUAGAAAACAGUCAACACCAUACCCAGGCACCCGCAAUGCAGAGCCGGUAGCUGUUUCUUCACCCUCCCCUACUCCAGAUCAGCCUCAGCCAAUCACAGUGGUUCUUCCCAAGAAUAGAAGCUCAUUGGGUAUAAGUGUAUCUGGUGGUAAGGAUAGCAGGACACAGCCACAUGUAAAAGUUGAGAAAAUAUUCCCAGGGGGAGUGGCAGCAGAGAAUGGUAUACUAAAGGCUGGCAUGAGGAUCCUAAAGGUUGAUGGUCAGAGUAUGACAUCUUCUACACACAAAGAGGCCGUAGAGUGUAUCAGGAGAUCAUACACCAGGAAAGACCAACCAACCAUGACAAUAAUUGUCCUACCUAUCUGA